GAAGAAGUGUGGCAACUACCCUCCCGGGCCCCGGGCUCUGCCUUUCCUCGGCAACCUUCUACAAGUGGAUCUGCACAACCCGCACCUGUCAUUCACAAAGGUAAAGACAGCGAGUGAAGAGAGAGAGGGAGAGAGACCGUGGGAAGGAAGCGGUCACACACCCGGGACCACCUUUAACCCUUGGUCUCUCUCUGCUUCUGUCCAGUGGCCUUAACACCCCCAUUUCCAUCCUAUUGGUUGUGUCCUCUGCAUUUAUUGUAGCUGCUUCUUUUAUUUUUUCCGCUGCUAGCUUGCUUGCUUCCUCCUUAUCUUGUACGGCCCAGCAGCGCAGCUGGUAGACGGCCCACGUAUUGCAAGUGCUCUAGUCAGCUUUCCCACAGCACAAAGGCUGGCGUGUGUGCAGGGAUAAGGGAAAGUUGUCAAACAGGUUGCACAACAGAUUAAAAAAAAAGUUAUCCUUGUACUGCAUCCAUUUCUCCACCAUUUAUUUCUUGAUAAUCCAGUUCUUGGAAUUUUAAACAUCACACUGCUGUUGGGAGCUCCUUCAGCUGCGUGUUUGGCUUUUAUUUUCAUUUCUAAACAUGAACUAUUAAUAUCUAAACUCCCUUCAUAAAAAUAGAAAGGCGAAUUUUUUUUCCGUAAGUGGUGAAAGUGUGAGAGAUGUUAGCGUUCAAAGAGACUUGAGAAUCUCCGUCUUUGAAGUCACUGACGUCAAAUGAUUAGAAAAUAUCGGUUUGUUGGCCUGCAGUGAAAUUCUGUUGAGCCACGCAGGACUAUAUUUGGUACGCAGUUUUACAAUAUCCAACUAUAAUGUCCUGAGAAGAGUUGAAGACACUUUUAAGAGAUAGUAACUGAGAAUUUGGAGCAGGGCAAAUCAUGAUUGUCUACUUGUUAAGUGCUAGUAGAACACAUCUGGACCAAGCGCGAGUCCUAAGGUGAUGACACAGACACCUAUCGAUUGUGGCAAGACUAACAUGCUAUAAAGGGCUACAAAGUGAAGCCGGGCGCUCCCUGAUGAGCACAAUGCAUUUUAUACUCCCUUUGAGCAGAAGGUCUGUGGAAGGAUAUCACCUGCCCCAUUCGCCUUGCCGAUGGUCACUGUGGCAGAUGCAAGAUCGGCCUUCCUGAGAUGGCCUUCCUGAACUAUCCCGGAUGGAGUUACCGGCCGCAUCCUCAGGACCUGGAUGAACCUGCUGAGAGAAGCAUUCAUAGACAUCUUUAAUAUCUCGCUGCUCCGUUCUGAGACCCCACCUGCUUCAAGUAGAUGACUAUCAUCCCAGUGCCAAAGAACAGCAAGUUGCGGGAGAAGUACGGCGAUGUGAUGAGCUUAGACUUUGGGUGGACAAACGUGGUGGUGCUGAGCGGCUACAAGACCCUGAAAGAGGCACUGGUGAAAAAAUCUGAAGAUUUUGCAGACCGGCCAGUCCUUCCAAUAUAUAAGAAGCUCAUUGAGAGGACCGGAGGAGGUAUUGCAUUCGCAAGAUAUGGCCAUUGGUGGAAGGAGCAGAGAAAAUUCUCACUUUCCGUAAUGAAAAACUUUGGACUGGGGAAAAAAUCGCUGGAGCUGCGAAUUGCAGAAGAAGCAGAAAUGUUGAAUAAAGCAUUUGAAGAGGAAAAAGGUCUCGCCUUUGAUCCAAAUUUCAGGAUACGCAUUGCAGUCUCAAAUAUUAUCUGCUCAAUUGCCUUUGGACAUCGCUUUGAAUAUCAAGAUCAAAAAUUCCUUGAAUUUCUCCACAUCAGUGAAGAAAGUUUCAAAAUGGAUGGUAGCUUUUGGGGUCAGUUGUUCAACACUUUCCCUUUUAUUCAUCACCUCCCGGGACCACACCAUAAAAUAUUUGAAUAUCAAGACAAAAUCAUUCAUUUUUUACAAGAAAUAGUCACGGAACAUAAAGAAACAUGGGACGCAAAUGAGUCCAGGGACAUGAUUGACGCAUUUUUGGCAGAGCAUGAGAAGAAUAAGAACAACCCCAAGACAAGUUUCCUGGAAUCAAAUCUGAUCGGCAUAAUCAUUGACAUUUUUACUGGAGGUACAGGGACCAUCUCCACCACCCUGCUCUGGGCCUUGCUCUUCAUGGUGCUCCAUCCUGAUGUGCAGUCCCAGGUCCAUGAGGAGAUUGACAGGGUCAUUGGGAACGGGAAGAAACCAAAGCUGGAAGACCGUGAGGAAAUGCCAUUCACUAACGCAGUUAUCCACGAAACCCAACGCUUAGGAAAUAUUGGUCCAAUUUCACUGCCUCAUCAAACAUACAGAGACACCGAGGUCAUGGGUUACACCAUCCCUAAGGGAACAACGAUCAUUCCAAACAUUACCUCGGCCUUGUUUGAUGAAGACAUUUGGUUGACUCCACAUCAGUUUAAUCCGGGACACUUCCUCAACUCGGACGGGAAUUUUGUGAAACCGGAGGCCUUCAUCCCAUUCUCUGCAGGUCACCGUGUGUGUUUGGGGCAGAAGCUGGCAAAGACGGAGCUCUUCAUCUUCUUCACGUCCUUGCUCCAACAUUUCACCUUCUUUCUCCCGGAAAAUGAGCCACGGCCGAACUUCAGGGAAGCUAAAUACGGAAUUAUCCUGUGUCCUCUCCCCUAUCGUCUCUGUGCUAAAACCAGAUGAGACACGUGUGGAAUUUUUCUUACAGGAGCCUUCGUGUCUGCUUUAUCAAUAGUUUGACACAAUCUCCACGCUGAACUGUAUUUUGAUUCCGUUCUAUUCACUCGUGCAUUUAUAAAGAAGAAAUGUAGACAGGCUGUCCCCGGCUUCUCAAGUCCCAGCAUACGGACACCAUGCAACACGAACGUGCUGACAUAAUAUUAUUAAAUUCAGAAGUCUAACGAUGUUCUGACAUUCAUUCCUAUGAACGAGAGAGGACUUCAUCUCCCCACUUUCAGUAAUUGUUUUUUUCUUAUCAGUCUUAUGUGCUUUGGAUGAUGCUAUUCAUUACAUUACGGAAGAGGUGUGGAUCACAAAUCGCGUGUGUAUUUUCUGACGUGGACGUUUGUUACCCAGGGAACAGUUCAGCAGAAAGACUUACCGAGCGAUGGGUGUCAAUGAUGCAGAGCCACUGAAUUCAUAAACCACGUUCAGCCAGCCGGAAAUCAAACAGCUCUUUCUUUCCCCAAGCCAGUGUAAUAUUUCCUUGCUUAUGCAUUUAAUGAGCACAUAAUUGAUUUCAUUGCAUGGUGAUCAAAUAUAAAGACUGUUCUUAUACUACAUUUCAUUCUUCCCUUUAUACAUUCCACUCCUUGAUUUGAUAUAAAUUGAGAAUGUAAUCUGCACCACAGCACACAAAACAGUAUGGGGCUCGGCACCUGCUUGUUUUACACACCCAUCUCAGCGUCAUGUAUCAAGUGUGUAAUCUAUCACUUGAACCAUGCUACAUAGGGUGAAGGUUUGUAGAUACAGUCCCGUUUUAACUGCAUACUUAAACUUCCAAGUGUAUUGUUCCUUAUCGCUUUAGUGCUCAUAAGGAAUAGGUACAGAAUUAGGCCAUUCGGCCCAUCAACUCUACGCUAUUCAAUCAUGGCUGAUCUAUCUCUCCCUCCAAAAUGAUGGGCCUUGAGAAGCUAGUGAUAAGGAGAACUUCUGACCUGCUGCUUAGAUUUGUUCAGUUUAGAGAUACAGUGCAGAAACAGGCCCUUCGGCCCAACAACUCCACGCUGACCAGUGAUGAUAGAUCUCUAUACUUGUAACUAGACACAAAAUGCUGGAGUAACACAGCGGGACAAGCAGUAUGUCUGGAGAGAAGGAAUAGAUAAAGAUUUGGGUCGAGACCUUCAGACUGUGAGCCAGGGGAGAGGGAGAGUAGAGAUAUUUCUAGCUGCCUGGCCUGCUGAAUUCUUCCAACACUUUUUCACUCAAGAUUCCAUCAUCUGCAGACUCCUGUGCCUCAAUUUUUUUGGAUGUGGGAAUGGUGAAAGUCAGAGACAACAAUGGAAAAUUCCAGAAUUCUGUUUCCUUUGUGGAUCUGGGGUGAUGUGAAAUGAACAAAUCCCGGAUUCCACGGAGGGUGGAAAGUAUUUUUCAAUAUAUCAUGCAUUCCCGUGAUAAACAGCACACAACUCUACCAUCUUACACAUGUUCAUAGCAGAAGCAGGAACGUGUAAAGUCCUGUUAGUGCAGCAUUAUGACAUAAGCACUGUGCUUUAUAGACAGUUAUGCUUUAUUAAUAGGAUCACAUUAAAGAAUAACAUUACACUGCAUGUAUGCACAGAAAAGGCUUGAGUUUCAAAACGCAUUAUCUAUACCUAAACUGAGGCAUUCGAUAGAAUCGAGAUUUCCUUUUCUAACAAAAUUUAAUUCACAAAUGAACAUUGAUACAAAUUCACAGAAUAUAAAGGGAGAUUUGCUCUUGUCAUCCCUGUCCAUAUGGAAUAUAUUUUUGGAAAUUGCAAAUUCCAGUUGACAGGGUGGAACCAACCCAAUUUAUAACGUCCAGUCCACUGGACGGAUGGGGCCACGAGACUCUAUAUGUCCACCCGAUCUAUUCCUCUCAUGAUUUUACCCGCCGAUAUAAGAUCACCCCUCAACCUCCUGCUCUCCAGGGAAUAGUCCCAGCCUCUCCUUAUAGCUGAAACCCUCAAGUCCUGGCAACACCCUUGUAAAUCCUUGUAAACAUCUCGAACUGUUCACAACAGUAGCAGAAACAUGUAAGGACCUGCUAGGAUCACUGACAUUUCUCUGCUUUACGUUUUAUCUGUGACACGCCUGAUCAUUUCCCUCAUUUGUCUGCGCACUGCAGACCAGCCUCCUCACCGCUCACAUUUACAAAAUGGAUAUUUUUUUGGGAACUGAUACAAUGCCUCAUACACACAAAUCCAGGUCAGGAAUAUGCAUCAAGGAUAGCACUGGGUGCAUACCGACUCCAACGAAUGCUCUCCUCCAGUGUGAAAGACAAUGGUUCACUACUCUCUCAUCUAUAUGCUGCAGUAAGCAAAUACAUACACGGGGAUGCACACACUCAAUUACACAACAAUACAUGGAUUUACUGUUGGGGGAUUAAAAUCGGUUCGGUAUAGGAUUAGUGCACAUUACUGAUUAUUAUGAACUCAAGGGGCUGAAGGGCCUGGUUCCAUGCUGUAUGAUGAUUUUUGUUAUGGGAUGUCAAAAGGUGAUCUAUUUCUUUCGUGGUAGAUUUUUAACCAAUUCAACUUUUUAAUUUCAUUUUACUUUUAACUCAAAUUUGAAUUCUCAGACUGCCAUGGUAGGGGACAAAGUCCAAAUCUCUGGAAUACUUGCUCAGUGACAGCCUGUGGCUGGGUUCCUGCACCAGUAAUCCUGAAGCCUUGAAUUUUGCUUUCCAUCAAAUACGAAACGAGAAACGUGCUGCUACAUGCAGUCAAUUAUCAUCACCUGUGGGUGAAACAUCAAUCAAUUCUAUUAUUUUCGACAAGACGUGGUUGAUUCUUCUGUAGUAAUUCGUUUCUCUCGAGCAUCCACCUCUAACGGCAGUGAGGUCCCAGGUGUGAUUUCCUUUCAGACACAGCAAGGGGCUGCCUUUUUGGACCUGCAACAAGCCACAAACACAAAGAGGAUCAUGCCCACUGGACUGCACCAGGAAGAUUCCCUCUCACUGAGGGACAAAAACAGGAGUCCCACACUAACCAGGGUGAUCAUAGCAGAGGGGACAAUGUACAAGUUGUUCUGUUUUAUAUUAUUUAAUUCACAUGUUUAAUCAAUAAUGUUUUAUUAUUAAUGUUUCAUGUUUUAUGUGUCAUUUCCAACUGUCACUGUAUGUCAUGUUGUCACUUGUGGGUGGAGCACCAAGACAAAUUACUUGUAUGUGAAUACUUGGUCAAUAAACUUAUUUGUUCAUUCAUUAA